CGUAUCUCAAUCUGGAGCCGUAACGUCGUUUCUGCGCUUGACCAAAUAAAGCUAGUGUUCUUCGAGAUCCACUUUCCUAAAGCGGUGUUCGGCGUAUAUUCACCCCGACUCACGGCAUCAGUUGCACACAGAAGAGAGUUAUGGCUUUCCGGACAGACAUUGUCUCGUUGAGAAUCAGGGUAGCGAAUAUAAAAGUAUAAGAUGCGGUAUCAGCUCUGGGUUAUUCAUCCAUCUUACACUUCGCAUUGUCGGUUAUCAUGUCAUCUUUCACUCCAAAAGCCAUGCCAGAUCUUGCUGGGAAGGUAAUCUUGAUUACCGGAGGAAAUGCAGGUUUAGGAAAAGAAGCAGCCCUUCAGAUCGCAAAACGAACCCCGUCGAGAAUUCUGAUCGGCUCGCGCAGCAUCGAAAAAGCUCGAAACACCAUCGCUGAGAUACUUGAAUCGGUGCCAGGAGCUCAACUCACGCCUAUUCAGAUGGACCUUGCAUCUUUUUCCUCCAUCAAGGAGGCCGCCGAAAAGAUCCUAAGAACAACCUCCCGCCUCGAUGUGCUGAUGAACAAUGCAGGCAUUAUGGCUGUGCCCGCUGCAACUACUGCCGAAGGAUACGAGAUACAAUUUGGUACGAAUCACAUGGGUCACGCCCUUCUUACGAAAUUGCUCCUACCUCUCCUUCUUAAAACCGCCGAGCAGUCGGGCGCCGAUACAGACGUUCGCAUUGUUACUUUGUCAUCGCGCUCGCACAUUCGUGCCCCCAAGGACGGCAUCGACUUCUCAAGACUGCGUUCGGCUGACCCGGAGCUUUCGCCCUACGUCAAGUAUGGGGUGUCCAAGCUAGCAAACAUUUUAUACGUCAAGGAGCUGGCGAAACGUUAUCCAGCUGUCAAGACGAUGGCUAUACAUCCAGGAAUAGUGGAUACCAAUCUCAGCACAGCAAUGAAGAAGAGUUCCGUUGUCUUCAAAUUGCUCGUGCCCGUGGUUUCCUACUUCUCGGGCGUAGGAGUAGAACAGGGUGUCUUGAAUCAGCUUUGGGGAGCGACAAGCGUGGAUGCGGAGAGCGGGCAGUACUAUGAGCCUGUGGGUGUUGGUGGUAAAGGAUCGCCGCUUACUCAGGAUGUAGAGCUGGCAGAUAAACUUUGGCAAUGGACAGAGAAAGAGCUAGAGGGUUGGAAGAUCUAG